AUGUUUCUCCACCUGAUGUGUGUGGCACUGCUCACCCUGUGGUCUUGUCUCCCUAUUUUGGCAACUGGCAUCUAUUACCCGAAAACUCUGCCAUGUGAUGUUAACGAGAUUAACAAUGGGAGUGAAGUGAAGGUCGACUGCACUGAGAGAAGCCUCAAAAAAAUCCCCCAUGGAAUCCCGAGAGACACUACAAACCUGACGCUCACCAUCAACCAUAUUCCGAGUCUAAACUCCACCUCCUUUUACGGUUUGGAGAACUUGACUGAGAUUGACAUGAGGUGCAACUGUGUGCCCAUCAAAAUCGGACCCAAGGACAAGAUGUGCCUGAAGAGUGUGACAAUUGAGGAAAAUACUUUCAGCAGACUGAGCAAUCUGCGAGCGCUGUACCUAGAUGGCAAUCAGCUCUACAGUAUACCUAAAGGCCUGCCUUCAAAUCUGAUCCUUCUGAGCUUGGAAGUGAAUCAUAUUUAUUAUCUUUCUAAAGCAAACCUCUCUGAGCUUAGAAAUGUUGAGGUGCUUUACCUUGGUCAAAACUGCUAUUUUCGUAACCCCUGCAAUGAUUCCUAUGGUAUAGAAGACGAUGCAUUUUUACAGUUUAACAAUUUAAAAUUGCUAUCUCUUAAAUCAAAUAACUUGUCUUUCAUUCCACAUCAGCUACCCACUACUCUGAAGGAGCUGUAUCUCUAUAACAAUAACAUUCAAGAAGUCACUGAUGAAGACUUUAAAAAUUUAACUAAUCUUGAGAUUCUAGACAUUAGCGGAAACUGCCCCCGGUGUUACAAUGCUCCUUUUCCAUGUAGUCCAUGUCCAAAUAACGCGCCAUUGAAAAUCAGCAAGACAGCUUUUAAAAUGCUGACCAAACUAAAAACAUUACGGCUGCAUAGCAACUCCCUUACAAGUGUGCCUUCUGAAUGGUUUGACACCACAACUGAGCUCAGAGUGCUGGACCUCUCAUCAAACUUUUUAGCAAGGGAGCUAGAAAUCACUGUUUUCCCAGAAUUCUUGGGUAAACUAGAAGAACUGGACCUUUCAUUCAACUACGAGCUUCAGAAGUACCCUCAAACGCUGAGACUGAGUUGCAGUUUCUCCUUUCUGAAGUCUCUCAAGAUUUUCAGAAUGAAAGGUUUUGUGUUUCAGCAGUUAACUACAGAGAGUAUUUCUCAUUUAAAACCUCUACCGAACCUGGAGGUUGUAGAUUUGGGUACAAACUUCAUUAAAAUGACAAAGCUUAGUAUUCUGAUGGAUUUGAAAAGCUUUAAAAUAAUCAGCCUGUCUGACAACAAAAUAUCAUCUCCCUCUGAUGGCCGAGAUGCACUUGGUUUGUCCGGAGGAGAAACCUCGGACUGGUCUCCGAUGUCUUCCACUGCUGAGUACCAAAACAAAGAAGUGAGAGAGAUUCAUUAUUUCAGAUAUGAUGAGUAUGCACGAAGCUGCAAAUACAAGGACAAGGAACUUGGAGUUAUUACAUCCUUCGUCAAAAAAGAAUGCAGUCAGUUUGGCAAAACCCUGGACGUCAGCAGAAACAAUAUAUUCUUCCUGCAUUCACGAUUUUUAAACCUUACAGAGCUAAGAUGCCUCAAUCUGUCUGGAAAUGCAAUGAGUCAAAGUCUGAAUGGUUCUGAAUUUACUUACCUGGCUAAUUUACAAUAUCUGGACUUCUCAUGGAACCGUUUGGACCUGCUCUACUCUACCGCGUUCCAAGAGCUGAAAAAUCUGGUCAUCUUGGAUAUAAGUAACAACAACCACUAUUUUGAAUCAGAAGGUCUGACUCACAUGCUUAAUUUCACUAGGAAUUUAAAAAACCUCAAGGUACUCCUGAUGAAUCACAACAAGAUCUCUACUUCCACUAACACAGAGCUGGAGAGUCAAUCCCUAGAAAGGUUAGAGUUCAGAGAUAACCGGUUAGAUGUACUGUGGCGAGAUGGGAACACCAGAUAUCUCAACUAUUUUAAGAAUUUAGUUAAUCUGACUGUCCUUGACAUCUCCCAUAACAACCUCCCCUUUAUCCCAUCGGACGUAUUCAGUGGUCUACCAGAGAAGCUAUCUGAGCUGUAUAUCAAAAACAACAAACUAAAAUCCUUUAACUGGAAGAAACUGCAAAUUCUACACUCAUUGCAAGUCUUGGAUCUCAGUGGAAACAGCUUGACUACUGUUCCAGAUGUGUUAUCAAACUGCACCACAUCUCUUGAGAAACUAAUUUUAUACAAAAACCAAAUCCUAAAGCUUACACCAGAUUUCCUCAAGGGUGCCUACCACUUAAAAUAUCUUGACCUGAGUUCUAAUCACAUCCAGUACAUUGAAAAAUCCAGCCUUCCAGAUGAUGUUCUUAAUCAUAUGGACAUGUUACUUCUGCACAAAAACAGAUUCUUGUGCACUUGCAAUGCCACCUGGUUUGUCACAUGGCUCAACAGGACUACAGUAACCAUACCUAGAUUGGGCACGGAUGUUACCUGCGUUGCCCCAGGGGCACAAAGAGGUCGUCCAGUCAUCUCAGUGGACCUUUUGGCCUGCCAGCACCACUACCUGUCAAUCAUCCUCUCCACCCUAAUGACUUCCCUCGUCCUCAUCUUGGUCACGCUGUCCAUCUCCAGCCAUCUCUUCCUGUGGGAUGUCUGGUACAUCUACCAUUUCUGCAGGGCCAAGCUCAAAGGCUACCGCCGCCUGUAUUCCCACAGCGCUGUUUACGAUGCCUUUGUGAUCUAUGAUAAGGAGGAUCCUGCAGUAUCAGAGUGGGUGACGAAGGAAAUGUGCGCUCAUCUUGAGGAGUGUGGAGACCGUCGACUGACGCUUUGUCUUGAGGACCGGGAUUGGAUGCCCGGAUGCCCCCUGAUUGACAACCUCUCUCAAAGCAUCCACAGGAGCAAGAGGACUGUGUUUAUUCUCACCAAAAAAUACAUCAAAGGGGGAAACUUCAAGACGGCGUUCUACAUGGCUCACCAAAGGCUAAUGGAUGAAAAAAAUGAUGUUAUAGUGCUUAUUUUCUUAGAAAAAGUGCCUUGCAAUUCAAAGUACUUGAGAUUACGAAAGAGGCUGUAUAAGAGGUCUGUGCUAGAGUGGCCAACAAAUCCUCAAGCCCAGCCAUACUUUUGGUUCAGCCUGAGGAGUGUAUUAGCAACCGAAGGUCACAAACAAUACAACAAUCUCUUCAAAGAGACACUGUAA